CGCCCCGUUCGGUCGCUGCUGCUCAGGGCGCCUGAGGAUAGGCUCAGCCUUGCGGGCCCUUCAUUCUCCCGAGAUGCUGCUGCUCCUCCGCUGCCCUUUCCCUCCCUGCAGGGACAGCUUCCUCAGUCCCGCGGCCCCUCUUGGGGGCCUGAGCCCUCGCCCCGCAGCCCAGCGUUGAGGCCCACUCCUCCCUUAGCCAACCGCCACCCUGCCCUGCCCUGCCCUGCCCGGCGGAUCCUCUGAACUUUGGUUCUUCUUCCCUGAGGUGGAUCCUGGCCGGUCGCCACCAAGGGCUUCCGAACCCUCCCUCUCGCCCCUCCGAAAUUCACAUUCACCGCUCCUCCCCCCAAAAUCUCAGACGCAAGACACGAAAUACUCAGUUGAAGACAAAUGUGAAGUUAGGUGGGUUACGAGCCUCUUCCUCCGACAAUAGGACGAAAUAUUUUUGGGCGGCAAGUGUGUCAGCUUCCUGGUCUCUUUAGUUAUGCUCAGCACAUUGCCAGUAUCGAUGGGAGGCGUGGGUUGUUCACAGGCUUAACUCCAAGACUGUGUUCGGGAGUCCUUGGAACUGUGGUCCAUGGUAAAGUUUUACAGCAUUACCAGGAGAGUGACAAGGGUGAGGAGUUAGGACCUGGAAAUGUACAGAAAGAAGUCUCAUCUUCCUUUGACCGCGUUAUCAAGGAGACAACUCGAGAGAUGAUCGCUCGUUCUGCUGCUACCCUCAUCACACAUCCCUUCCAUGUGAUCACUCUGAGAUCUAUGGUACAGUUCAUUGGCAGAGAAUCCAAGUACUGUGGACUUUGUGAUUCCAUAGUAACCAUCUAUCGGGAAGAGGGCAUUCUAGGAUUUUUCGCGGGUCUUGUUCCUCGCCUUCUAGGUGACAUCCUUUCUUUGUGGCUGUGUAACUCACUGGCCUACCUCGUCAAUACCUAUGCACUGGACAGUGGGGUUUCUACUAUGAAUGAAAUGAAGAGUUAUUCUCAAGCUGUCACAGGAUUUUUUGCGAGUAUGUUGACCUAUCCCUUUGUGCUUGUCUCCAAUCUUAUGGCUGUCAACAACUGUGGUCUUGCUGGUGGAUGCCCUCCUUACUCCCCAAUAUAUACGUCUUGGAUAGAUUGUUGGUGCAUGCUACAAAAAGAGGGGAAUAUGAGCCGAGGAAAUAGCUUGUUUUUCCGGAAGGUCCCCUUUGGGAAGACUUAUUGUUGUGACCUGAAAAUGUUAAUUUGAAGAUGUGGGGCAGGGACAGUGACAUUUCUGUAGUCCCAGAUGCACAGAAUUAUGGGAGAGAAUGUUGAUUUCUAUACAGUGUGGCGCGCUUUUUUAAUAAUCAUUUAAUCUUGGGAAAAUUGAGGUGUUUGGUGUCUGCCUUUUUUGUUCUUUUCUCCAGCACAACAUAACUUACCACUGAUACUCCCCCUUUAGUUAUUCUGAAUUAGGAUAUUUUUGCUCCAAAUUCUUAUUUUACUUAACCAGAAGGGAAAAAAAAAGUUGUAUUUUCCUGAAGCUACAGGCACUUUGUCAUGUGAUUUUGAGUCUCAAUUUAAGGCUUUGUAAAACGAAGAGUAGAAUUCCAAGAAGGAUGAGAAAUAAUUCUGUAAAACUUAACAAAAUCACUAAAUUAAACUAUAUGGGAGGUUACGAAUUACCUUUUCUUAGGUAGACCCUAAAAAGUCAGUAGCAUGCACCAGAAUCUGACUCCCAUUAUGCUUCUAAGCACAUUUCGUUGACCUUGUCUCUCAUACUUCAAGAAAAGGACAGUACGUGGCUACAUUAUCCUAGAAAGUCUGUGUGAGGAUCUACCCCUUCAGUCUGUUAUUGCAGAGUAAUAAAAUGUCACCGACAGGGUGCCUCUGAGCCUACUUUAGUUCAAGAGGCUGCCUAAAAAAAAUAAGUAAGAUAAAGAAUCAGCAACAACAAAGAAAAAGGACAAUUACAGAAAAUAAGCAAGAUUGGGAAAGGAAGUAUAAUGGCACUUUUUUUCCUCAAAGGAAGUUCUUGUUUUCACGUCAUAUACGAAAAGCAGAUCCUGCAGGAGUAAUCCCCUUCUUUAAGAGCCAAGUAUUCGCCCGCGCUUAAAUUACACCAUACAGUUCUAAUUGUAUAUAAUCUUUUGUUCUUCAGUUUUUUGUUUUGUUUCCUUUUUGUUAUUGUUGCCGAAGGUGAGUAGUUUUGCAUUUCUGAUGACAGCCUUGGAAAGUAUAUUUGUAACUCCAUGUCUGGUAAUGCCAACCCAAGUCCAUAUGGGUCUUAGGACACUGACCGCUUCACAUGCCAUACCCUCAGUUAAGCAUGUUAACAUUUAUAGGAGGAAAAAAAUCUCUUUAGGAGAAAAUAAAAUUCAACUCAAGCAUAAAGCUUCUAUUUACUCAGGCCUUUUAAAAAGCAGGUUAAAAUGCUCUAAAAUGAGAAAGCCUGUGGUUUCGCUUAUUUAUAUAAUUCACUGGGACAUUGCCAAAUGAGUAAGCACUUAAUUUGCUGCUUCUGAGACGUCUCUGUCAAAACAGCCCCACUAAUAAUGUUAGAUAGAAUGAGAAUGCAGGGGUCUCUUCCCUCCCCCUGGGGUUUAGGAAGCUCAUGAGGAGCUCAGCUUAAAAUGUCUUUGAUGUCUCUUCCUUUGUCUCAAAAAUAAUGUCAAUUUUAUAUACUAUUCAAUAUUACUAUCUGCAUUUGUUUUAAUAUAAAAAUGUUUGCUGCCUACCUUUUUCUCCCAAAAAAUCUUUAAGUAAAGAUGAUCUGGGAAAAUGU